CAGGAACAGAUACGUGGCUGUUGAACCUGUGAAUGCCACAUAGAAAAUUCCGACCAAAAUUUCAGCCGCAAGUCUGAAUAAAAAUUUACUAAAUUGGGAUAUUGCUAUGCGAUAACUGCCCCAAGGCCGGCAAGUGCAAUUCCUCCUGCGCCUUAAAAAUCCCAAAUUCCUAGAUAUGGGUCUGUGCAAGUGCCCAAAGCGACUGGUGACGAACCAGUUUUGCUUUGAGCACCGCGUCAAUGUUUGCGAACAUUGCAUGGUCCAGUCGCAUCCAAAGUGUAUUGUGCAGUCGUAUUUGCAGUGGCUUAGGGACAGCGACUAUAUCUCAAACUGCACUCUAUGCGGCACGACUUUGGACCAGGGAGAUUGUGUCCGUCUUGUCUGCUACCAUGUUUUUCACUGGGACUGCCUAAACGCCCGCCAAGCAGCUCUGCCCGCUAAUACUGCGCCGUGCGGUCACCAGUGCCCCGCUUGCAGUGUGGAAAUCUUCCCUAACUCCAACCUUGUGUCCCCGGUGGCCGAUGCUCUCAAGACAUUCCUCGCGCAAGUUAACUGGGGCAGGAAUGGUCUGGGACUUGCCCUGCUCUCCGAUGAUCAGAGUAACAGUCUCAAGGCAAUUAAGCCCAAAGUGGCCAGCCAGGCGGCAGUCAGCAACAUGACCAAAGUGCACCAUGUUCAUUUCGGUGGCGAACGAGAGCGCACGAAGCUCAACGGCCACGACGCCGUCAGUCCACAUUCCGUGCUCCUAAUGGACGCAUUUAAUCCGCCCAGCGCGGGUGACUAUGCCAGUAGCCGUCGACCGUUACUGCCACGGCAAUCGCCCAUUGGUGGAACGGAUAGGGACGAUAACAAGUACCAGCGUCGCACGCCUGCGGAACUUUUCUCGCGCUGGACACGUCGGUUUUACGCGCCUUCCUCGCGACCGCCUUGGCGUCGAACUUGGUUCCUGGUGACCGCCGGCAUCCUGACAUUUGUCUUGUUUGUCUAUUUGAUGGCCUGGUUAGGACGUGGAGGAUCCGACGCCUUAGACGAGGGCUGGAACAACCCUAAUCCACAGCCGAACCACUACGAGUAGGGUGUGCAUUCAUAAUCGAACCAAGCAUACGUAGCAUAUAAUCGAUAUCCAAAUCCCCAAUCCCGAAAAUAAAACUUUUACAGAUAUUUAUAUAACCUAA